UUUUAUACACUUCGGAAAAAUGAACAACUUCCAAACCCAAGAUCAAAAACAACCAUCAAAAUUACACAACAAAAAGAGGCUUAAUCAAGAGCAAGUGAGGCUUCUCGAGAGGAGCUUCACCGCCCACAAGAAGCUCGACCCUGAACUGAAGCUGAAGCUGGCGAACCAGCUGGGUGUGCCGCCUCGACAGGUUGCGAUUUGGUUUCAGAACAAGCGGGCGAGGUGGAAGACGCAGAACUUGGAGUUUGAUUAUAACACGGUUCAAGUGAAGCUCGAGAAUGCGUUGGCUGAAAAGAGACUGCUCGAGAAAGAUGUGAAGCAGCUUAAAGAAGAGCUGAAGCAGGCUCAAGAGAUGUUAUUUGCGAAUUUGAACCAGAAAAACUACCCUUUUGGUUCUUGUGAUUCUUCUUCUAAUAAUUACGGUUCUUGCAGUGAAAAUGUAGAUGGUGAUCAUCAUCAUGUUCAGGUUCUGCAAGAGCUCUAUGCCUGCUUAAUUGGUGGUGGUAGUGGAUGUGGGGCUGAGUUAUUGAGAUGAAUGUGUAUAUAGGUAACUUAUUAUGUAAUAUUCCGGGAAGAAUGUGAAUUCAAUUGAUCUAUGA